GGGAGGAAACUUGAGUUCAAGGAAAUCCAUAAAUACAACGCGCUUGUAACACUAGCUGUGUUGGGAAGCAGAAUAUGGUUUCCUAAAUGUCACAAAGCCGUUUAUUUGAAUGAUAAAGCGAGAAGAAGUUUGACUGACCGUCGGAGAAACUUUGAGAGAAUAACGAGCGCCGGAUCACACCACAGAUAUUGCAAGAUUAAAAGACAAAUACUGGCUGAACUCAAACAAACAUAGAAAAAUCAAUACAAUCACAGAAACCUGGACUGUGAAGAUGACAAAGGAUCAUGAAACAAAUGGGUCACAAGAUAAUGCGUGUCAAGCAUUGCAUCAAGAAUGAACUGUAACAGCUAAAGGAUAAACAAAGAGUGAACAGCGGUGCAUCAUAAUGCUGGCAUCAGCCAACAUUUAACUGAAGAUGGUUUUGUCAAGCAGAGGAUCAGUCUGUCAAUAAGCACCAUGGGGAUUGUCCCAACUGGCUUAAAAUCAAUGCCUGCAAGUAUGUCCAUAAGUAUGUGAUGAAGGCAUGGAAGCUUUUAUCAACAACAAGGAACAAACCUGAACAAAUGCCCUUAAGACAUCAUUUUCAAAGAGGUGCAGAUCAAUUUAGCACACACAACUGUUCAUUAGUGCAGACAAAGCAGACUCUGUGAGAGAAACUAUACAGUUCAAAAGUCACUGGAAAUCUCAGAUCCUCAAAAACCAUCAAUAUGAACCUGACCUCCCAUCUUCUGGACCUCAUGCUAAAGGCUUCAAAUCUUUCUCGCUGGCAGUUCAUCCAGGAUUUCUCUAUUCCUCCGCUGAUCUCCAUUCCCAGACUUCCUAGCAGUUUGCUUCCGGUUUUUGGCCUGCUUUACGUGCUCAUCUUUGGGCUUGCGGUGGUGGGCAACGGGGCGGUGCUGGUUAUUUUAUGUCGCAGGAAGGCUUUAGAGUCCCCCAGCACCUUUUUCAUUUGCUCACUGGCGCUCAGUGAUCUCCUGAUAUCCAUAGUGUGUGUUCCUGCCACCCUGCUGCAGCACUUCUUCACAAACUGGUUGGCUGGAGAUUUUCUCUGCAAGUUAAUACCAUUCCUACAAGUGACGGCUAUCUCGACCAGCAUGCUCACCAUGACGUGCAUUGCCGUUGAGCGUUUCCAAGGAAUCCUUUAUCCUCUGCAUGUGCGCAACAGCUACUUUCUCUGCCAUGCCUUCAAGAUGCUGGUGACUGUGUGGAUAGUUGCCCUGGCCAUUGCUGCUCCCAUGUGGUUUGUCCAGAAAGUGGAGGUGAAAUAUGACUUCCUAUUCGACGUCCACCACACCUGUUGUUUGGAAGUAUGGCCAAACCAGCAACAGAGGAGAGUGUACACUACCUGUCUGUGUGUGUUGGUGUUUUUGGCCCCACUGGCGACUAUGGCCAUUCUGUACUGGAAGAUCAUGCGAGAGCUCUGGGGAAAUCACAAAGUCCAUGACAUCAUGUUUCAAACACUCCCAGGAUCUGAAAUCAACAAGAUUACCAGGAGGAAGAAGCGCGCUAUAAGAAUGAUGGCCACUGUGGUGCUGCUCUUUGCCGCCUGCUGGGCACCUUUCCAUCUGGUUUCCCUCCUGCUUGACUAUGGUCAGCUGAACCUUGAUCUUGAUGAUGAGUUUCUUCUGGUCAGCGUGGUUCAGAUCCUAGGAUUCAGCAAUUCGGUGUGCAACCCGCUGAUUUAUGCUGCCCUCAACACCACCUUUAAGAGGGACCUGCUGGCUCUGCUCACCCGAGGAUGGAGAUCCCGCACGAGAGGUUGCUGCUGUAACUCAUGUUCUUGUUGGUCCUGGAGGAGUCAUAAACGUGUGGGCAUCUCCACAGUGGAUUCAAAUGAACCCAGACAGGGCCUGGAGACCACAUAUAGACAGAGAGGAAUCAGAUCAUGGAGUAAACCAGCGUGGGAGGCUGAACCAGAGAGACCUACCUCAAACACGUUUCCCGCAAUGAACCUUCUUAGUGCCAUCAAGCCCAAAAAGACCUCUGGUACUAUGUUACUGAGCAUUAUUGACCCUCCACACACAGACAGCUCAUCGGGAUCUGACCAGCCUCUCACAGGGAUGCUGGGAAAGUGAAUUUUAACCAAAUUAAAUUGUAAGGAAAUCU